AAAGCCCAGAUGUCGGCGGCUGUCGACGCCAGUUUUAUUGAUGUAGUAUCCAAACUGGACGCCGCUCGGGAGGUUGAUAGAAGCGCUUUUGUUGCGGGUAUUGAUCGAGUGGUUCCUGUGGACACUGACCUUGUGGGUCCCCACUUGCUGACCACUUCCGCCGCGCUGGAGAUAGAGCAGUCCGGACAGGCGUUUCUCCAGGCGGCCAAGUCCACUUUGUCACGUCUCAACAUUAACGACGCGGCGUCAACGAGAGAAAUCUUCAGCGAAGGACUUGCAUUUCCUGCUAAGAGGAUACUUCCGGAACGCUUGCGAUGCCCGUACAGCCGGGACCUGUGGCCCAUGUGCCCUUCUGGUGCUAAAUAUAGAACAGCAGACGGCUCCUGUAACAACUUGCUCAAUCCUCUGUGGGGUCGCUCCCAGACGCCCUUUGAGCGGUAUCUGAAUCCGGCAUAUGACGACGGUUUUUCGGAACCCAGGACUCAAAGCGUGUUGGGUGGAGGUGUGCAACUCCCAAACGCUCGCAAGAUAAGCCGCGAGUUCCACACGAACCUGAUGAACUUCCUGCCGAACAUGAACCACCUGACAAUGGAGUACGGCCAGUUCCUAAGCCAUGAUAUACAGUUCAACGCUCUGUCUAAAGGCUACGAUGGUUCCAAUUUAGAGUGCUGUGAAAGUCCAGAUAGACCCGGAUGUUUCCCCAUAGAGAUUCCGCCCGGUGACCCGUUUUUCCCGCCAAAUCGCACGUGCAUGAACCUCGUGCGUGCUCUACCUACACCGAACCUGGAGUGCACUGUUGGUGUCCGCGAACAGUUGAACCAGAACACACACUUUAUUGACGGGUCUCACAUCUACGGCUCCGAUAAGACCACCGCAGACUCAUUGCGAACUUUUGUUGGAGGAAAACUGUCGACCAAUAACGAUUUGCUACCAAGUGGCGGUGCCGGUUGCAUCGUCAGCGAUGCCAGCAGACCCUGCUUCCGGGCAGGUGAUCCGCGCGUUAACCAGCAGCCGGCACUGGCAUCCUUGCAAACAGUAUGGGUCCGGGAGCACAACCGUCUCGUCGCAGCACUCGCGGCGCUGCGUCCGUCAUGGAGUGACGAGACGCUGUACCAGGAGGCCCGGAAGAUCGUUAUCGCCAUCAUUCAGCACGUGUCUUUCAAUGAAUACCUUCAAGAGAUCCUCGGACAGUCCACCAUGAUCCAGUAUGGACUGAAACCUCUGGCAUCCGGGCAUUUCGGCGGUUACAGCGAUAGUGAAAAGCCCAUCAUACGCAACGGCUUCAGCGCCGCUGCCUUCCGGUUCGGACACAGCAUGAUCUAUCAUCGCAUUCAGGCGCACAACGGCGCUAUCAAGACGUCCGACAAGCUUCUCAAGGAUGAGUUUCUGCGACCGGACCUCGUGUAUUCUCGUGGCGUUGGUGAGAUCUGCAGAGGCUUGACGAGAACACCUUCCGAGGCUGUGGACAAGUAUCUGACAGAACAAGUGACAAGGCACUUGUUCGAGCGCGCCCCGGGGUUCGGCGGUGACUUGGCGGCUAUAAACAUCCAGCGUGCCCGUGACCAUGGUAUCCCCGGGUACCAGGCGUGGCGCCGGUUCUGUGGACUGAGCGGUCAGUUCUCGCACGCGGCAAGCGUCCAAGCACAGCUUCUUCAAAUAUACAGCUCUCCCGAGGACAUAGAUCUGUUUACCGGCGGCGUGUCGGAGACACCAUUAGGCGACGGGAAGGUGGGGCCCACGUUCGCCUGCAUCAUCGGUCAGCAGUUCCAGUCCCUGAAAAAGGGCGACCGCUUCUACUACGAGAACAGUGGUGACGUCGGAUUUACAAUUCAGCAACUAAAUCAGAUUCGAACUCAGACGCUUGCCAAGGUCAUCUGUAGGAACACUGACAUCACGAAGCUACAGGCUAAUGCUUUCCGGAAUACGGAUACUACUAACCCACUGGUAGACUGCAGCAGUAUUAAAAACUUCAACCUGAGCCCGUGGGGUGCGGGCAGCACCGGAUGUACGCCAGUCAACGGGGGCUGGUCCGCAUGGAAGUUGACGCCGUGCUAUGUCAACCGACGCUUCAGAUACAGGAUAUGCGACAAUCCAACACCGAACGCGUGCGGAGUUCCGUGUUCCGCGCCUUUUGAAGUUAAGUCAUUAAGUUGCAGACCGCGGUUUGCUCCCAUUGAACGAACGAUCGGGCUGUCACCGGAAGUGUCAGACGUUGCGCCGGAAUUCGAUCCGGCGUUUGAUCCCCAGAUUCAGGCGGCUAUUCUUGCUCAAGUUCAGGGAGACACUUCUAGAGUGGAUGCUGCGACGAUGGAACGGGCGCUUACAAACGUGGCCGCUAUUUAAAACCUGAGACCAGGGUUUGGAAAUGAUAGGGUUUAUACUUUUAUAUUUGUUGUGUACAAUCUGCGAAAAAUUGAUCAACGUUGAUUUAAAUUAUAAUUAUUGUAGUUAAGUGUGUUAUGUAUGUGAUGUGCACAUUUCACCUGGAUAAAGAAUGCGGCGCAUUUAAAUGGUGUCAUUACAUUGAAAAAAAUUGCAACUAUGUAUUAAAAGGCUAAUAAAUGUUGUUGUUGUUGUUGUUGUAUUGUUUAUCAGGUACAAUUUUUCAAAUAAGGCUACAAAUGCUUGUGAAAUAGAAGAUGCAGGACAUGUGCAUAGAACAUUUUUAAUUAAACCAGUUGGUUUUAGUAUGUGAAUAACGGAUUAACUUUCAUUUGAUUCAAUUAUUAUGAAAUUGUUACGUUUUGUUAAUUUCA